UAACGACAAGAGGAAAACUUCGCAAUGAUGAAAUACAGCGGAAUAUUUGCCAUUCAGCACAUACUGGUUCUUGUUUUCAUCUUAACCACGGCUUCUGGGAUGAACGCAACAGUAAAAUGUCCUUCGGCGUCGUGGAAACGUUUUGGUAACAUCUGUUACACCAGCAUUACUAACGUUACAUCUUGGCAGAAUGGCAACAAAGAAUGUCAAAAAAGAGGCGGACAACUUGCAAGAAUUACUGGGGCAGAUCUCAACAAUUUUAUCAGGAAAGUAUUCAGAAAAGGAAUGCCUAAUAAUUUGUGGAUUGGUCUUAGGAAAUGCAACGUCACUUGGUGCUAUCUGGAUGGUACACCGUCAGUCUAUUACAACUGGGAAAACAACACAGGACAGCCCAAUAAUGCAAGAGGAAACGAAUACUGCGUCGAUAUGAGGAGGGGCGGACGAUGGAACGACCAAGAUUGUGGCUUAAAUAGGUCGUCUGUCUGUGAAAUACCUUUAGAAGGUGAUGAAUGUAUGUUACGAACUCAGCAUCAUUGUCACUCUCAAGCCACGUGCAACAAUACCAUCGGAUCAUACUCUUGUGUUUGUAACAAAGGAUUCACAGGAAACGGGACUGUUUGUGAAGAUGUUGAUGAGUGCAUGUUGGGAACUCACAGUUGCCACUCUCGAGCCACGUGCAACGAUACUAUUGGAUCAUACACUUGUACUUGUAAUGAAGGAUUCAAAGGAAACGGGACCGUUUGCACAGCCGGUUGUCCGUCAGUGUCCUGGAAAAAAUUCGGUAUCUUUUGUUAUCUCGUGAAUUCUGAUCUUCUAACCUGGGUGCGAGCGAACGACUAUUGUAAAAGCAAAGGUGGGCAGCUUGCCAGAAUCACUGGAGUCGCCCUCGAAAAUUUUCUGGUUCAAACAUACAGGAAGAGUCAGAGUAUGAAUAUCUGGAUUGGUUUGAAGAAAUGUGGAAAAGCAUGGUGUUUUCCUGACGGGAAGCAAUCGAACUAUUACAACUGGGAACCGGGGGAGCCUAAUAAUCAUAGAGGGGAUGAAUAUUGUGUCGUUAUGUUAAGAAACGGAAGUUGGUACGACCAAUCAUGCCAACUUAAGAGACCAUCUUUCUGCGAAAUACGCGCCGACGAAUGUUUGCUUGGAGGUCACAAAUGUCAUCCUCAAGCCUCGUGCAACAAUACCAUUGGAUCAUACACCUGUACUUGUAAUGAAGGAUUUACUGGAAAUGGAACCGUAUGCAAAGAAUUGAGGGUACCUUCCACUACAAUUCAAGUCAGAAGUGAGCCUGUUGUUUUUAGUACCACGAAAGAAAUGAAUGAUACGAAAGACUAUGGCAUUCUUAAUAAAAUGAAGGAGGAGGUUGACAUACUUAGUGAUGAGGAUACAACAGAAGAAGAACGAAGAGAAGGUGCACGAAAGAUUGUCGACGAAUUGUCUAAAUUAACAAAUCUUGGUGAGGGAUAUGGGAGACAAACCGCAAUUGAUCAAGAAAUUCUCACUGAGACGGUUGUAAUACUACAAAAAAUCGUUCAUCUAAAUAUUUCUGAUGAAAACCUUAACAUUCUGAGUCCAGCGAGUAAUAUAUUGGAUAUUAGGAAUGAGAAGAUAUGGAAAAAUAUGACGGACGGCGAAGCGAUUCGUCAACUGGUGAUAACCUUGGAAAAUUAUGGUUUUCAGCAAGGAGAUAUUUUAAAAAACAACACCCGCGCCAACUCUAUAUUCCAAGGCCGUUCAAACGUACAGCUGCAAGUCAAAUACGUGGCGCGCAAAGGUGUACUUUCAUAUGAGGAAAACCUAUUUGAUUUUCCAAAUGCAUCGCUAAAUCUCUCACCUGAUGCACUCCCAAAAGAAUCUGGUGCUGUGGUAGUUGUUAUCUUCUUCAAAACAUUAAAUUCCUUUUUGGUGGAUAAUUUUUAUACUGACGAUAAAUAUGCAGAUGUGAACAGCUCAAUCAUAAGUGCGAGUGUUCAACCUCAGCCCAAGACACUGUUCAAAGAACCCGUUCGUAUCAGCUGGGAAACAGAAAAACUGGACGAAUCCAAAACGUGUGUGUACUGGAAGCCAGAACUUGGUGAAAACAGAUGGAGAACAGACGGGUGUAGAAGAGUUAUUGACAAAUCAUACGGUAGCCGGUUCGUCUGCGAAUGUAAUCACCUCACAGCAUUUGCUUCCAUGGAGAUGUCAGGUUAUGUGAUAGGUAAAGCGCAUAGAACAGCUUUGGAAAUCAUCUCUACUAUUGGCUGUUCUGUGUCGUUAUUUGGUAUCUUUCUUACCAUAUUGGCACACGCACUGGUUUGGAAAAGACUUCAUAAGAAUGCCAAGACCAAAAUACCCACACAGGUUCUCAUGAAUCUCUGUGUUGCGAUUGGAAUGGCGGAUAUCUUUGCUAUAAUGGGUGGACCAGCACAAACACAUGAGACUUUCUGUGUCACUGUUUCAAUUUUAUUAUACUUCUCUGUGCUCGCUCUUUUUGGAUGGAUGUUAUGUGAAGGAAUCAUAAUUUACUUCCAACUCGUGAAUGUCUACUCGGGUUUAGGGCUUGGUGGAAAACAUAUGAAAGCAUUCUACGUUAUUGGUUGGGGUAUUCCGGUUGUCGUUGUGUCAACCUUAGUAGGAUCUCACGAUCUGGAGGAUUUCAAAUCUGAGUACGCAUGUUGGUAUCGUGCUGGGGGUGUGUUAUUCUGGACUUUUGUUGGCACUAUUGGCCUGGUAUUGCUGAUCAACUUGAUUAUCUUUAUCCUCGCCUUACGAAAUGCGUUAUCCACAAAGGAGGUUAAUACAAGCGGGCCAGAUGCUAGUGCAAUGCUCAAAAAGGCAAAAAUGGGUUUGAGAGGUUCCGCUGUUCUACUACCAUUACUCGGACUCACCUGGGUUUUUGGCCUAUUUGUAUUCAAUCGUGAUACCAUUGUGUUUAAAUAUCUGUUCGCUAUUUUCAACUCACUGCAAGGCCUGGUGAUAUUCAUCUUUCAUGUGCUUUUAAACAAAAAGAUUCAUGAGGCUAUCAACAAAGAAAAGAGAUCUCGAGAUGCCAGACGAACUAACUACGCCAUGGUUAAAAACAAUGCACGGAUUACAUUUUCGACUGGCGAAAUGAGCAGUGAAAAGUUUGAAGGCGAUGGAGGUUUGCAAAUGCGCAAGAUUCCGGAGAGUAGUGGGAAGUAACAUGGCAACCACGUUCAUGGUAUGGGUACCAACAAACGUAUUGGUUAUAGCAACCAAAACACCUAUGAAAGUGGAAGCCAGAUUCUAUCAAUUUUUUUGGUGGAUAUCGAGCGAGAAAACUAUAUAUUUUGUGUAGUUAAGUCGUAGUUACCUCAAAAAUACACGACUCAGAUUUGCCAAUUCUGAUUGUUAAACGUCGUAUUUUGGUCGCGUCGAAUACAAUUCAAACAGAGAUAAUGAUUGUUCAUAAGUUUACCAUCUCAUUUAAACUAUAUUUUUAAUGCAUUCGGCGCGAUCAAAAUGC